AUGGAUCACGAUUUCUGGCUGUUCGGCUACGGCUUGAUAUGGAAGCCACCACCACAUUUUGAUCGGCGAGUGUCGGGAUACGUCGAGGGCUAUGUGCGACGAUUCUGGCAGCAAUACCAUGCUGGAAAUCAACACGAGCUUACCAGCCCCAGUGAAGAUCAUCGGGGCACUCCCGAGGCUCCAGGCCGAGUCGUCACAUUGAUAGAAAGGUCAUUCUGGGAGACAUUAACUGACCAACAUCAAUCCGAGGCCGAGGACUAUGUCUGGGGUGCCGCCUAUCACAUCAUUCCGUCCAAGGUCAAGGAAGUCCAGGAAUACUUAGACAUAAGAGAAAUCAAUGGUUACAGUAUCCAACACACGCCCUUCCAUCCAGCCGACAGAACACAACCAGAUAUCAAAUGUAUGGUCUACAUUGGUAUGCCAGACAAUCCCCAAUUUCUGGGUGCACUAGACCCACACGAUGUUGCGUCCAAGAUUCACGAGAGCAGGGGUCCUAGUGGCGAGAAUCAGGAGUAUCUAUUCAAUCUUGAAACUGCCUUGUUGCAACUGAGUCCUGACAGUAAAGAUCUUCACGUGAGCGAUCUUGCUCGACGUGUACGCGCGAUGACGCCCAUGCAGGUUCCGCCUGCCUAUCACCAGGUCGAGAUGCAGGGCAUGCACAAGGUGACUUCUACUGAGGAGCAGGAAGAGAUAGAAAAGGAGGACUAA